UUGCCAGUGGUGCUGAAUGCCGUUUUUCCAGACUUGCAUUAUUGAGAGAGUUACAAAUUGCGUUGAUUGCUAUAAUUUUACUUCAAAGACGUAUAUUCUCUCCACCGAUGUCAAUCGAAAACUAGGUAGAUUUGCUCGUUCUUUUGAAGCAUUGAUCACGGUCAGAUUUCGAUCGGAAAUAAUUGAAAAUGUCCUUGCAGAAAUUCCAUCGAGAUGUUAAAUGGGAUUAGUGAAUGUUUUCUGCGUGCAGGAUCUUUU